GAACGAUGUAUAUCAAUGUGACCGGCACGUUACCCGGCGGAACCUCUCCAUCCCACUUCGUUCUGCCGGCCGAAUUUCCUUCACCGCUUUAAGUCGAGGCCAAUGAUACGCGUCUUUUGCCUCUCUGAUACUGACCCAAUAUAUAACUGCAUGCUAUGGUGAUUCUUGUCCCAGAUUACCAGCAAAAUGGCGGAUCCUUUUGAAGUGCGUAUGCGCUUUACAAUGCAACUGCAACAUCUCAGUGCUACAGUCUCCUCGUCACAGCGAGCGGCACAGUACGCUCUGAAAUACCGAGACAUGGACGAGGACCUCCAUUCGUGUAUUCUAGAGCAACUCGAGCGAAAUAAUAUGAAUAACCGUGCAAACAUCCUGUACUUUAUUGAACACUUCUGCGAUAUGGCAACCAAAGAAAACCACCUCAACUACGUGCGCAUGAUCCAACGCGACAUUUUGACUAUCGUCGACACUGUUGCCCCCGCAGACGGCUCUGGCGCUGCGAAUGUGAAGCAUGUUCGUCGGGUUCUGCAAGGCUUGCAGGAUAAGGAAGUGCUAUCUAGUGAUUCUGUGCUGGAGAUUGGCGCUGCACUCAAAGAGCGAGAAACGAAUCCGUCCAACGUCCUCGACAAUGAACCGUCCGAUGGAUCCGGAACACCAGCGAGCACAAAGGUAAACGGGGGUAUGAGGGUUGACAAGCGCCAGAUUGAGCAGCGGAUUGAGGAGGAUCGAGAGCGGAAUAAAAGGUUAAGAGAGAGUAUGUGGGCGGUCAGUGGCGAUAAUAAGGAUGAGUUCCGGAAGUUCUGGGACGAGGCGAGCGAUAUAGGCGAAGAUGAUUUUCUGGAUGCUGAUGAGGAGUUUGAGGAGAAGCGGAGGAUGAUCACCACUUAGUACUUGCUUUGGGUGUGAUUACAUCAAUUACGGGAGUUAUCAUGGGACUUGGGAAAGCGAGGCGUCUCGGAUUACAAUUGGUUUGCAUUGAUAUUGUCUAUUGUGUUGAUUUUGAAUGAGCGGCCUUUUAUCUAUGCUUCAAAUGUUGUGCAUAUAUAUGUGAAUAUAAUAAUGGAUCUUAUAACAAGUCCUCCUGCAUAGAUGCUUAAAUUUGUAAACAUCCUUAAGAUGAACAUGUCCCGAUUUCAAACUCAUAUUCUUUCGC